AUGGCUCGUGAAUAUUUAAUGACCAAUUAUCUAGAUGAUACAAAAUCUACUCGUCGUUAUGAAAUUCAUGAGAAGAUAUUUUCGUUGCAUGAUAAUUACAAAGUCAAAGAUGAAUCUGAUCAAGAUGUUUUCACCGCUCGAUCAAAAUUAUUAACCAUUGGUGACAAUAUUGUUUUGGAAGAUAUAACUGGAAAGUAAGUUUAUGCAUUAGUUCUAUGUUAUCUUCUAAACUAUUCCUUUCUAUGAAAACCUAUUUCAUGUAGUUCGUUCCAAUAGUUGCAGAGACAUUGUCUAUUAAUGGAAGGUAACGAUGGAUUUUUUCUCGCAAAUAGAAAAACUAUUUGAUUCCUUUGAAUAUCACCAAGUAAUCAAGGUUAUCUUUGAGAAGCCUGUAGAUAUAAAAAUUUAAUAUCUCAUCAGUAGUCUUAUUAUCUCUUUUGCCUUAGGUUGUGUCUAAAAGUCCAGAAUGUCUACUUUUAGAGCUCUGGUAAGGAUUGAGAAAGAAUUACUUCAUGUAAAUCCAACAUACAAAAUAUUGUCAACACGUAAUGGUGAUGUGGAUCGCCAAUUGGCAUUAGUUAAGAAGAAAUUUUCAUUGCAUGAAAUAUUUUCCGUCGAUUCAAUCUAUGGUGAAUAUAAAUUAGAAGCACUGGAUUUGUUCGGUUGCUUAUUCACAUUGAUAAAAGAAGGGCAUGUAGUGGCAACUGUAAGCCGAAAAUAUGAUACUAUGGCUGACACCUAUGAAGCAGAAAUUGAUUGUAAUGAAGAUCAUCCAUUCAUCAUAGCACUAAUAAUUAUUAUUAGUCAAUCUCUCUGUUAUUAUUAAGAUAUAAAAUCGAUUUAAAUGGCAAUGAACUUAGUACAAAAUUGUAAACAAAAUAAUAAAAUGUGUCUAUCUCUUAUCUUAUAAUUUAUUGUAGAAUGUUGUUAUUUCUGUCUGACGAUGACUUGAUUAGAGUGUGUCGAAAGUGUGUAUGUUUCUCUUUAUAAAUUAACAUUAUCUAUAUCAAAUAUAUUAAUACGUGUUGAUUAAAAUAUAUAAUUUUGUAAAGAAUGAAAAGUUAUGAUCAUUUUAUUUAUGAUGGUUAAACAUUUCAUAACUUACAUUUUCUUCAAUGAUAAACACAAAUUCUUUAAUGUUGGAAUUAUUAAAGGAUAUUGAAUUUUAAAAGAAAAAUUCUUAUCCUCUUUUCGACACUAAACUUUGAAGAUAUCAGAAAGAUCUGUAAUACUUUUUUUUUUUGCAAAUAAAGAAUACGUUUGACUUUCAAUAAUUCUAGCUAAUCGACUGUUUAUUUAUGUUUCAAAAUGUAGUAUCGCAUAGUGCUACUGGAAAUAACCAUUUCAAGCUUCAUGAUAAACAGACGGACUAGUCUGUCAGUUCAAGUUAUUCAUAGUUAACGCAUGCUCUCUAAUGUUAGUUAUGUUGAAAUUAUUAUUAGUUCUUCUAAAUUUUGUAUUGGAAGCAGCGCAUUGGCAUUUUUUCGAUAGCCAUAACCCUGUAUAGCUCAUUUCACUCUACUGACUCAUAUAAAAAUAUCUAAAAAACGAUAUUUCGUGGUACAUGUUGCAACCAUAUUUUGUUUUUGUAAAAAACAAAAGCGUAAAAUAUGAAAUAUUUAGUCAUCAUGAAUAAAAUGAUCAUAACUUUUCAAAACUAUGGACACAAUUUCAACCAAUUUUUCCAGAUGAUAGCUCUUCUCAUUCUUUACAAAACUGUAUAUUUCAAUCGACUACUUAUGAUAAAGGUAUGAAUAUUGGUAAAGAGAAACUUAUUCUAUAUUCACAAUUCAAUAAAAAUAGAUUUAGAAAAUUGUUAAAAUAAAAAUGAUAUUUAUUGUCUAUAAUUUAGUUUAAAGAUCUAUUUAUUUUGUUGGUAUCUUUGGUCUACCUUUCAUAUAAUUUUACUCGAUCUGAUGCAUCUGCCACAUAUUGUUUAUCAUGGUAUAUCGAAGUGUGAGAUGUGAUUGUGAAAAUGUGCAGUUUUUUUUUUGCUCACUCAUAUCUGGACUCCUAUGUUGUUGGAACUGACGCUGAAAGAUGUUUCUGAUAUUGAAUAUCAAUAAACAUUACUAAUCUUUAGUAUAUAAUAUAUUCAAGUUGAUUUAAUAAUGAAGAAGUUCAGUUCUACCCAUAGCAAUUGACGUGAAAUCUGAAUUGUUAGUAUUUCGAUAGAGUUUAAUCGUCAUUCGACAGAAAAUUAUUGUAGUUUUAAUCGUAUAUAAGUCAUUUAUGUUUAAUUUAAUGAGAAAGAAAAGAUUUUCAGAGAUAAAAAAUACUAUAGGCUAUUCAGAUUCAUUUCAUUGAUUGAAUAGUUUGUAUGUAAUUGUUAGUAUAUUUUCUUUAGAAUUUAUUAUUAAAGCAAACAUAUAUCGAAGGCGAUAUCAAAAGAUUUAGUUUAAAAAUGGUUCAGUAGCAAAUAAAAAAAUAGUUGAACUGUAAGAAAAGUAAGCGC